AGGAUUUUUGUUGCUAUAUCAUAUCAUCAACGAACCUUCAUUUGUCUGUUUCUACCUGAAAAUCGAUAGUAUUAUUGCUAAUAUGUAAAUAAUAACAUAAAAUUAGAAAGAGGGUUUACGGCAACCCGAAGAAAUCGGAGGAAAGAAGGUGAAAGUAGACUCCGAUCAAAUCCUUUCCAGAUCAUCAGUCGGGCGUUUUUUUUUCAAUCCAGGAGGAAAUAGUGUGAACAAAGUACAAACGAAGAUUGACCGCAGAUCUUUGCGACUGAACUUUGGUGAUCCACAAGCUACAUUAAGUUCUUCGUAGAUGUGGCCUUUACAUAUCCUCUUUGACAAACUACUGAAUGGAGGAUCUAACGUUCCUGAAGAGAUUGAUGAUAUGAGUUUGGUUGAAUCAUACAAUUUCAAAUCAUUAUUGAAAAAUGAACAAGGCAAGAAAGAAGUUUUGGGCCGGUCACACUUCAUUGAUGUCCCGCAUAUAAAACAAGAACGCACGUGGGACUGUGGCCUUGCUUGCGUUUUGAUGGUUUUGAGAACCCUUUCCAUCAAGUAUUAUGAUAUCAAAGAUCUGGAGGAGUUUUGCUGCACAACUAGUAUUUGGACCGUGGAUCUGGCAUAUUUACUGCAGAAACUUUCUAUUAGCUUCUCUUACAUCACUGUAACUUUAGGCGCUAAUCCUACUUUUUCGUUGGAGACAUUUUAUGAGAAGCAACUGGCUGAUGAUAUAGAAAGAGUAAAUAUGCUAUUUCGGGGAUCACAGGAAGCCGGAAUAAAUAUAGAGUGCAGAUCGAUCAAGGGAGAUGAAAUUGCCUUUCUGAUCCUGUCAGGAAAGUAUAUUGUGAUCGCUUUAGUUGACCAGUAUAUUUUGAGUCGGCCAUGGACAGAGAAUGUUUAUGCAUCAGAUUUCUAUAGUGAUUCCUCAGGUUAUACUGGUCACUAUAUUGUGAUCUGUGGCUAUGAUGCUCAUACAGACGAAUUCGAGAUCCGAGAUCCAGCCAGCUCUAGGAGUCAAGAGACAAUCUCGUCAAGAUGCUUGGAAAAGGCUCGCAAAUCCUUUGGCACAGAUGAAGAUAUCCUCUUGAUACAUCUGUAGAGAUCGCAGACAGACUCCAAUGAAUAGUGUUUCAGCAAUCAUCAGCCCAAUGGAUUCUUUGUGCACGAUUACAGACACUUUAAUUCUUGUUUUAUACAUCCGUGUCGUGUUUGACAAGAACUUGACGAUGUUGUUAAUCAUUGUGUGUUGUAGAGUAAGUACAACGUUAGUUCAUGAUCGUCUUAGAAGGUUGAUUCAUGGUUAAACAGGUAUUUGAAAGCAUAAUAAUGGAUAUAAUCAAAGGUUAUAUCCUGGUUUGAGCA